UGUAGCUCAGAAACAUCAAAAGAAUAAAAAAUAAUGGCUUCACCUUUCUUCUAUCAAAUCGUCCACCGAAAACGAAAAAAAAAAUCCCAAACCGUAACCCUAAUUAUUACGUUGGAAUUUUGAUUUCAAUGGAACCCCCAAAUCAGAACGACGACGGUGGUUUCUUCUUCGACGCGCUCGAUGACUUCCCCUUUCACGAUUGCAUAGUCACCGACCAAUCAGCUCAUUCCACCUCAACCUCCGCUCUCUCUGAUCACUCGCCGGAUUCCCCUUUGAUCGGUUCAGAUGCCUUAGUAAUUGACGACCCCGGAAAGAGGAGGAGAAAGAACAGGCUUAAACUUUAUCUCGAUUUGAAGGGAAAUAAGAGGAAUUUGGAUGGCGCUGAGUCAACUCGGUCGAUUUCCGACCGAGUUGGCCCUCGACGAGCUGACUCAUCUGCGGUGGGAGGUGUUGGGGAGGAGGAGAAGAAGGAAGAAUCGAUGGUGACGAGGGCGACUGACGACCGAUUUGGUGACCCGGUAGACUCAGCGGGUGAACUCGAUGAGUCAACUCGGCGAGCUUACUCAUCUGCGGUGGGAGGUGUCGGGGAGGAGGAGAAGAAGGAGGAAUCGACGGUGACUACGGCGAUUGACGACCGAGUUGGUGACUCGGUAGGCUCAGCGGGUGAACUCGAUGAGUCGACAAAUUUGCUUGUGUUCGUAGCUGGGUUGGUGAUUAAGGCAAUUGGAUUCCAAUUAAAUUUGUUAGUUUAUUUUGUCACAUUUCCCUUGUGGAUUUUGUAUUGUUUUUAUAUGCUAGUUGUGGAUCCAUUUGGAACUAUAAGACGGGGUAGAGGGUUUAUUGUCCGGAAGUUGGUUUCUUUAUGGAAUUUGGUUGGUGGGUUUUUUGGUUCUUUUAUAGAUGAUUGGUUAAAGGAACAUAAAACAAUAUGGAGCCUUUUGAUGCAAUUUGGGUGGGGCUUGUUUUGGUCAUGCUAUGUUUGUGUCAUUUUGUGUGGAUUAUUGGUGUUCUCGGUUAUGCUUAGUGGGGUUUUAAUGAGAUAUUUGGUGGAGGAACCGAUAAAAAUAAGGCAGGAUUUGAUUUUUGAUUAUACGAAAGACAAUCCAGUUGCAUAUGUGCCCAUACAAUCUUGUGGUGGUGUUGCUUGUUGUGAAGAGAAUAUUGGAGAUUUCAAGAGCUUAAAUACUCGGGUUAUACCGCCUAAUCACAAGUUGCAAGUUUCUGUUUUGUUGACAAUGCCAGAGUCAGAGUACAACAGAAAUCUUGGGGUUUUUCAGAUCCGUGUAGACUUCCUCUCUGCUGAUGGGAAAACCCUUGCCAGCAAAAGCCAUCCAUCCAUUUUAAAAUUCAAAAGUGAGCCUAUCCGCUUUUUAUUGACUUUUCUUAAGGCUGCCCCUCUUGUUGCUGGCUACAUAUCUGAGUCCCAGACUUUGGCAUUGAAGAUAAAAGGUUUUACGGCACGUGACGUGCCUACUUCCUGCUUGAAGGUGAUAAUUGGACAUAGAGCUGAAUACAGAUCUGGAGCUGGUAUCCCUGAAAUAUAUGAUGCAUCCAUCGUACUUGAGUCGGAACUUCCUCUUUUAAAAAGGAUUAUAUGGUAUUGGAAGAAAACCAUAUUCAUAUGGACCUGCAUGGUUUUAUUUAUGAUGGAGUUGCUGUUUGCUCUGAUAUGUUGUAGGUCUGUUAUUAUUCCAAGAGCAAUGCUGAGAGAUGGUUCUGCUAUCAACAAUAGUACUCCAAACGACGCCCCUGCACAAAGUUUGAUACUCGAUACUGAUUUUCGGUGCCCUUGAUCAUGAUGAUAAAAGAAAAGUUAACCUAACUGCAGUGCUAAAGUUUCUGUAACAUUUCACAUAUAGUUAAGUAUGCCAUUUUAACAUAGUUCUCCAUCAAUUCAUUAAUUUUUUUUCUUA